AUGGUUUAUAUCGGUGAUAUGGUUUAUAUCGGUAAGAUGGUUUAUAUCGGUGAGAUGGUUUAUAUCGGUGAGAUGGUUUAUAUUGGUGAGAUGGUUUAUAUCGGUAAGAUGGUUUAUAUCGGUGAGAUGGUUUAUAUCGGUGAAAUGGUUGAUAUCAGUGAGAUGGUUCAUAUCGGUGAGAUGGUUUAUAUAGGUGAUAUGGUUUAUAUCGGUGAGAUGAUUUAUAUCGGUGAUAUGGUUUAUAUCGGUAAGAUGGUUUAUAUCGGUGAAAUGGUUUAUAUCAGUGAGAUGGUUUAUAUAGGUGAGAUGGUUUACAUCGGUGAGAUGGUUUAUAUCGGUGAGAUGGUUUAUAUUGAUGAGAUGGUUUAUAUCGGUGAGAUGGUUUAUAUAGGUGAUAUGGUUUACAUCGGUGAGAUGGUUUAUAUCGGUGAGAUGGUUUAUAUUGGUGAGGUGGUUUAUAUCGGUGAGAUGGUUUAUAUCGGUGAUAUGGUUUAUAUCGGUGAGAUGGUUUAUUUCGGUAAGAUGGGUAAUAUCGGUGAGAUGGUUUAUAUUGGUGAUAGAGAUGGUUUAUAUCGGUGA